AUGUAGUAGAAUUAUAUAAAUUAAAAUACAAAUUCUGUAGAUAUGAAUGAGCAUUUAUCUACUGGUACUUUAGAAUAGCAAAUUAAAUCUUUAAGCUAUAAAUAAAAUAAUUAUGGGCACUCUGGUUUAGAAGUUAUUUAAGAAAGUGAGAGAAGUAGCCUUGAUAAUAAUCAGCAUCUCGAAUUCAAUGAAAGAAGAUAAAUUCUAAAAGAUUCGGUUAAAGGAGAAUUUUAGGGUUAGAGUUUUAGAGGAAUGGAAGAUGAAGGUAGUACAUUCGAAUAUUAAUAACAGAAAGUAGUUUAAGAUUUAACAAUGAGAAUAUCACAAUUAGAGUCUGAUUUAAUUAAAGAAAGAGCAAACAAUCAAAUGUUAAGAAAAGAAGUAGAAAAAAGAGGAGGAAACCCUCAAGCAAUAGCUGGUUCCAGUAUAUAAAAUGAUGAUGCAAUUUAUUAAGUAGAAAGCUUAAAGUUGCAGCUUUAGCAAAAGGAAGAUAUCAUUAAUAGAUAAAAUCUUCAGCUUUAGAUGAUAAAUACAGGAUAGACAUAAACAUAAGAUUUCCAUUAAAACCUCAUUGAGUUUGAUAGCAAGAUUUCUGGUAUGGAGGAGCAGCUAGUUAAAAUACAGUUAGAAAAUGAGAGAUUAAACUCUGUGAUUAAUGAAAAAAAUAAAAUCAUUUCUAUGUACAGCUAAGCAAGACAAGAAGAUUUUGAGAGUAUGAUUAAUGAACAAAUUUCUAAAUACCAAGGCUAAGUUGAUAAAGCUCUCUAAGAAAAUGAGAGUUUAUUUUAGGAAAUAGAAAAGCUAAACUUAAUCAAUUAGCAACUAGAGGAAAAUAACAGAAAACUACAAUUUAAGCAGUAAGAAAAAACAGAGGAAAUAAGAAUUUUUUGGAAAGACCAUUUUUAAAAGUCUCAACAAGAAAUGCAUUAGAGAUUUGAAAAGGAGAAAACUGAACUCCUCAAACAAAUAGAUAUGAAAAACCAAUUGAAUGUUCAAUUAUAACAAUAAUUGAGAGUAAAUUCAGGAUUUUUGGUAGAAAAAAGCUAAAUGCAAUCACAAAUAGAUACUUAGUUAAUCCUUGCUAAAAAUAUGGACACUUAGCUUAAGGAUUAUCAAAGUACUAUUGAGCGUUAAAGAAAAGAGCUGUUUGAAAGAGAGAAGUAACUUUAUAAUAUUUAAAGCCAUGUUACUUUAGUAGAGAGAAAAGUAGUUGAGUUACAAUCUAUCAAUAAUUAACUCAAUGAAUAGAUUAAUAAAUUAAAUCAAAUUGAAAAGCACGCUAAUGAUGUGAUUGAAGAAAAUAAAAAAUUGCAAGAAAUUGCAUUAUCUAAAGACCACCAAGCUCUAAUCAGCAAAUAAGAAACUGAAAACGAAAGAAUUCAAAAAGAAAAUAUAGCAUAAAAAGUCCAAGCUGAAUGGGAAGAUAUUCUAAAAAAAGAAAAAGAAUUACACUAAAUCUAAAUUGAAAAGUUAAAUCAGGAAAAAAUUAAAUUGAUUGAAGAAAUUUCUGCCCAUAUAGCUUAAUCUAGCGUUAUUCCUGGCUUAUAACAAUAAAUUACCAUUCUAGAGGAAGAUAAAGAAAAACUUUUAGUCAUAGUAGCUGAAAAGGCUCAGUUAGAAGAAGAAUUGUAAGUCUUGGUUGAAAGAAAUACAGAUCUUGAAUUAAAACUUACUCAGCUUUUGGAAAACAAUAAAAUUCUCAACUAAAAUUUGGGUUCAAGAAUUAACGAAGUUAAUAUAUGGAUGCAAAGGUUCGAGAAGGCUUAAGAGGAAAAUCAAAGACUCAAUGAAAAAUACUAAAAAUAAAUUUAAGAGAUUCACAAAUAAACUGAAGAUGAAUUAAGAAGAGGAAAGGAAAAAUAAGACUAGUAGAUGGUUUUGAUAAAUAACUAGAUGUCAAAGUUAGAAGAGCAGCUUAAUCAAUUUUAGCUUGAAAAAGCAGAAAGUGAAACUUAAAUAAGAAAGGAGUGUAGGGAUAAAGUAGAAAAAGUUAGAGAGAAGAAUACUGAGCUCAAUGAGUAAGUUACUCAUCUUCAGCAGUGUAUCUUAGAGUUAUAAUAAAAGCAUGUACUUAUUUAAAAGGAAUAAAAAGAAAGCAGUGAUUUAGAGAUAGAUAAGCUUAAAGAGGAAAUUUACAAUUAGAACUUAGAAAAUUAAGAACUUAAAAGAUAGCUCCAAGCAUACAAAUAAUAGGAAGAAUAUUAAGAAAAGUAAAAAUAAUCAUAAAAAUAAGAGGAACCAAUAGAAGGCGGUUAGUUUAAUUAAACUGGAGAGAAGCUCGCUGAACCUAAUUAGUUUGUUUUGUUUGAAAAUCAGUAAACUUUAAGAUAAAGAGCAAAUGAAGAAGGCUAGAGAUCUUAAUACUAGGUACCAUUCUCUCAUCAAUAUAGCUAUCAAGUAUUUGAUCCAAAUGAGCAAAAUAACAGAGCCUAAUUACAUCAUUCACAGGUCACACAAAUUGUGCCACCUCCUCCUCAUUAAUAUCCUAUAAAUCCUAGUAAUUCUUAAGUGUAUUAAAGCUUUGGAAAUGGUAAUAUCACAUAAGAAGGAUAGCAAUUUAAUACUUCAGAUGAUAUGCAUCAACUUAGAAUUAGAGUUCAAUAACUUCAAUAAGAAAAUAAACAGCUACUUUUAGCCAAGGUUAAUGACUAUAACAACUUCUAAGAAUAGCUGAGAUCAAUAACAAACAGUGCAUAUUUAGGAAAAUUCAAUAACACAGAAUUAUUUUCUAAAUCAUAAUUAUAUAGAUAGCCACCUUAUUGA